AUGGGACGACUGCCCUGUCAACCGCAGGGAAUCAACGAUCGCCUAAAGGGCCUCCGUCUGCCUAUCCAGGGAAGCGAAUUCGCCGCCAUCGUCAGUGUCUACGCUUCCCCCGAUGACUAGCCCUGACGAGGCAAGGAGCAAAUUCCACGAGGAUCUGCACGCCUCCUGGUGACUUUGCCGAAGGCGGAUAAGUUGAGUGACUUCAACUUCCGCGUCGGCACAGACAAUGCUGCCUGGAGAGGAGUGCUCGGUCUCCAUGGUCUCGAUGGCUUCAAUGACAAUGGCCUGCUCAUUCCACGAACCUGCGAGGAACACCGGCUCAUCGUGACCGACACCUACUUCCGCCUCCCGACGCAGAAGAAGGCGAUCUGGACUGCGGCGCUGGCAGCUGUUGGACUAUCUUCUCGUUCGGUGGUGAUAUCGACAGGAUAUGAUGGUUACCAAGGUUAUCUGCGAGGCCCUUGGCUGGACGGACCACCACUGCCUCAUCUCCAGGAUGAAGCUUCGUCCGCUGGUCCUCAGGAGGAGGCAAGGUAAUCGACCCCCGGGUAAGCUGAAUAAUGCUUUUUUGUCUUUGUCUGCUCACAAUUAGCCUUCCAGCAGUUAACUGACCCAAUAGCUAGAAGACCUGUCAGAAGCAGUUGAUAACGCCUCCGUGGAGACCCGAUGCUGCCGACUACGGGGCGUUGUGCAUUCGAACGCCCUAGCUGUCCUCGGCCGUGCACGUCGCCAGCACCAGGACUGGUUUGACGAAAACGGCGCCGCCAUCAGUAACCUGCUGACCGGGAAGAGGGGGCCACACGGAGGUUACCUCAACCUCCCGACCGUUGCGAACAAAGCAGCCUUCUAUCAAAGUCGCCGCCCAGCGCAUCAACGGUUGCGAUAAAUGCAGAAUUCAUGGAUGGCUUGCAAGGCCGAGGAAACCCAAGCAUACGCUGACCCCCUCCCUCCGACUUACAAAUUUUUUCGCUGCACUCAAGGCGAUCUACGGCACCCAACCAAAGGAAAUUCACCGCUUCUCAGCUCCGAUAGAUCAACGCUUCUGACGGAAAAGUCGCAGAUUCUGAAGCUUUGGGUCGAGCACUUCAGAAACGUCCCCAACCGCCCUUUCACAAUCUCCAACGUCUCCUUCGACCGGCUCCCCCAAGUGGAAACCAACGUCGAUCUACAUCUCCCGCCCUCCCACCCAGAAACCAUCCGCGCCGUACAACAACUCUCCAGCUGUAAAGCACUAGGCUCCGGUGCAAUGGCCAACUGA